AUGGCGGACGUGCUCAACCCAGCGAACACGGAGGCGCCUCACCUCAAGCGAGCGAUCCCCAGCUCGGCCAUCGCAAACGUCGACACCAUCGAGGGACUCGCCGACGGCGACGAUCAGUAUGCCACAUACAAGAAGCUGCAGCGACAACUCGAGUACAUCAAGCUGCAGGAGGAGUACAUCAAGGAUGAGCAGCGAAGUCUGAAGCGCGAGCUGGUCCGGGCACAGGAAGAGAUCAAGCGCAUUCAGUCAGUGCCGCUGGUCAUCGGACAGUUCAUGGAGGCCAUCGAUCAGAACACCGGAAUCGUGCAGUCGUCGACAGGUAGCAACUAUGUCGUCCGCAUACUCAGCACACUCGACCGAGAACUCCUCAAGCCAUCGAGCAGUGUGGCGCUGCACAGACAUUCCAACAGCUUGGUCGACAUUCUACCGCCGGAAGCCGACAGCAGCAUCGCUAUGCUUGGCGCAGACGAGAAGCCAGAUGUCACAUAUGCCGAUGUUGGUGGUCUGGAUAUGCAGAAGCAGGAGAUUAGGGAAGCCGUGGAGCUGCCACUCACACAAUUCGACCUAUACAAGCAGAUUGGUAUCGAUCCGCCGCGUGGUGUGUUGCUCUAUGGACCACCAGGAACAGGAAAGACUAUGUUGGUCAAGGCCGUAGCAAACAGCACAACAGCAUCAUUCAUCCGAGUGGUGGGAUCAGAGUUCGUACAAAAGUACUUGGGCGAGGGACCACGUAUGGUGCGAGACGUCUUCAGAAUGGCACGAGAGAACAGCCCAGCCAUCAUCUUCAUCGACGAGAUUGACGCUAUUGCGACGAAGCGUUUCGAUGCGCAGACCGGUGCCGACAGAGAAGUGCAACGUAUCCUGCUUGAGCUGCUCAACCAGAUGGACGGUUUCGAUCAGACAUCCAACGUCAAGGUCAUCAUGGCAACGAACCGUGCCGACACUCUCGACCCUGCGCUUCUUCGACCAGGUCGUCUGGAUCGAAAGAUCGAGUUCCCAUCUCUGCGCGACCGCCGCGAGCGACGACUGAUCUUCUCCACCAUCGCAUCUAAGAUGAGCUUGUCACCUGAAGUCGACCUCGACUCGCUCAUUGUGCGCAACGAUCCACUAUCAGGUGCCAUAAUCGCGGCUGUGAUGCAAGAGGCAGGUCUACGAGCAGUGAGGAAGAACAGAUACAACAUCAUUCAGCAAGAUUUGGAGGAUGCGUACACGAGCCAGGUCAAGGGUACCAGCGAGGCGGACAAGUUCGACUUCUACAAGUAG